CUGUCUGCAUUCUCCUCAGUCCUCUGCAGCACGUACUAUUGCACCUCUAUACGUAUCUCACGUUGGUAGGCAUUGUAAAACAGAAUCUACUGACCUAUAAACAGGAAGUCAUCUUCAUAGAAUUGUUUUUCUCUCUUCUAUCUAUUGAAGACUGGAGCAAGGCCUGGUGUGAAUGAUGAUGUAUAAGCACCCUGGGACACGUCACCUUUUCAUCAUGGCACCUGGGAAAAAGAAGACCAGUCGCAAACCUAAAAACCGCUCAGUGAAAAAUGAGAAGCUGGCUUCAUUCAUCAAGGAUUUUGACAGCCAAGUCAAGAUUAUCACAGAAGAAAUGAAGGCAAGCGUUGUAAAUAUACUUAAAGAAGUGGAUAGCCAGUAUAAUAUUGAAAUAAUCAAAUUGCCUAUGGCUAUACGAGAAAUGUGCUGGCUGGAUUACAUUGCAAAAGGUGGAAGUCAAAAGGCAUUGGAGGCAGCUGCCACGGUGAAGGUAGACAUGGAAGAAAUAACAUCUACUGUAACCAAAACACCAUUCAAGGCAGACAAGAAAGUGAAAAAGCGAAAAUGUAAGCCUGAUGACGAAACAGUGGAACUAAAUCCUCUGAAAAGUGUAAUCAGAACAAAAACUAAGGCCAAGGUUGCUGCAAAGAAACCAUCUACUGCAAGAAGAACUCGAGCUUCUGUUGGAAACGUAGCCAAUACCAGCAAAAGGACGAGUAAGAGAGGUCGUGCAACACCCUCUGCAAGCAAACAAGCUGAGACCUCUUUAUUGGGAUAUACACCUGCUGCUACCCCGAGAAUUGAUACCAGCAUAUUUAAAACUCCAGCGCUGCGCACGCCAUGCAUGCAGGAACCUGUGUACACAUUCUCUGCUAACGGCAGCCCUUUGGCUGGUAUGGAUGAGCUGUUUAUCAAUGUACCUGCAAGAGAUGGAAAGAUUAUUCGUCUUCUGGCCAGUGAAGUGGACGGUUUGGAUAUUAAUCGCUUAGACCAGCAAGCAUUUGAAAACAUUAAACUUCUCUCGAGUCGACUCGAAAGGCUGUGCAAGAAACUAAAGUGAAUUUUUCAUUCAUCCAUCUUGUAAUUUUAUGUUUUUAUUUUAGGUACAUUUCUGUGUACCAUUGUAAAUAAUUGUAAAAGCUGUGUAUUUUAUUUCUUUGAAGAGAGAUGUCAAACGCAAAGCCUUUCUGCUUUUGUGGGCUACUACCCUUCUGAAAAGUUACUGUUCACAACAGCUUAGACUUGUAUGUUUUGACAGUCUUGGUGUAUAGAAUGUGAAGGGGCAAGCAAAACAUAUAAACCCAUGUGCUGUUACUGCUUUAUCUUUUCAUUUUUAGUGUUUUAUUAAUAAAGUACGCCUUUUGAACUU